GGCCCGAGCCCGGCCGUCCCGGGUGCAUGGCGGGCCCGGCGGCGGCGGGGGGGACCCCGGGGGUCUUCCCGCUGCGUCCCGACGCCCCCGAGCUGCCCGACUUCGCCAUCCUCAAGCGGCUCGCCCGGGACCAGCUCAUCUACCUCCUGGAGCAGCUUCCCGGAAAGAAGGACCUGUUCAUCGAAGCGGAUCUGAUGAGCCCGUUGGACCGAAUCGCCAACGUCUCCAUCCUGAAGCAACAUGAAGUGGAUAAACUGUACAAGUUGGAGAACAAGCCUGCUUUCAGCGACUCUGAGCAGCUGUGCUUCCUGGUCCGUCCCCGCGUCCGAAACAUGCGCUACAUCGCCAAUCUGGUCAACACCGACAAGGCGGCCGGCCGGGCCCGCAGGUACAAGGUCAUCUUCAGCCCCCAGAAGUUCUACGCGUGCGAAAUCAUCCUGGAGGAAGAGGGGGUUUACGGAGACGUGAGCUGCGACGAGUGGGCCUUCUCCCUGCUGCCGCUUGACGUCGACGUGCUCAGCAUGGAGCUCCCCGAGUUCUUCCGGGACUACUUCCUGGAGGGAGACCAGCGCUGGAUCAACACCGUGGCCCAGGCCCUGCACCAGCUCAGCAGCCUGUACGGACCCUUCGCCAACUGCUACGGGAUCGGCCGCUCCGCCAAGAUGGUGCGCGACAUGUGGCGAGAGCUGGAGGCCGAGACCGAAGGGGAGCUCAAAGGCCGGAGGCCGGAGAUCGGACACGUCUUCCUCCUGGAUCGAGAUGUGGACUUCGCGACGGCGCUGUGCUCCCAGGUGGUGUACGAGGGCUUGGUGGACGACACCUUCCGCAUCAAAUGCGGAAGCGUUGACUUGGGGCCAGACGUCACGUCCUCCGACAAAAGCUUGAAGGUGCUGCUCAACGCUCAGGACAAGGUGUUCAGCGAAAUCCGCAACGAACACUUCUCCAACGUCUUUGGCUUCCUGAGGCAGAAAGCCCAGAACCUUCAGGCCCAGUAUGAUCGCCGCCGAAACAUGGACAUCAAGCAGAUGAAGACCUUCGUCUCCCAGGAGCUCAAAGGGCUGAAGCGAGAGCACUACCUGCUGAGCCUACACAUCGGGGCCUGUGAGGCCAUCAUGAAGAAGAAAACCAAGCAGGACUUCCAAGAGCUCCUCAAGACCGAACACGCGCUGCUGGAGGGCUUCAACAUCCGGGAGAGCGCCAGCUUCAUCGAGGAGCACAUCGACCGGCAGGUGUCUCCCAUCGAAAGCCUCCGACUCAUGUGUCUCCUGUCCAUCACUGAGAACGGUUUGGUCCCCAAGGAUUACCGUUCUCUGAAAACCCAGUACCUGCAGAGCUACGGGCCCGAACACCUACUGACCUUCGCCAACCUGCGGCGGGCCGGGCUGCUGACCGAGCAGGCCCCGGGUGAGACCCUCACGGCCGUGGAGAGCAAAGUGGGCAAGCUGGUGACCGACAAGGCGGUCGGGAAGCUCACCGAUGCCUUCAGUUCCCUGGCCAGGAGGAGCAAUUUCCGUGGGCUCAGCAAGAAGCUCAGCCUGAUCCCCCGAGGGGACGUCACGUACGACCUCAGGGUGCCCCGGGACAUGGCUUACGUCUUCAGUGGCAGCUACGUGCCUCUCAGCUGCCGGAUCAUCGAGCAGGUGCUGGAGCGGAAGAGCUGGCAGGGCCUGGAGGACGUCGUCCGGCUCCUCCACGGGAACGAGUUUGCUGACCUAGACACGACGGCCGUGGAGAACCCACCGAGCGUCUCCCAGCGUCUCAUCCUGGCCGUCUUCCUGGGCGGCUGCACCUUCUCCGAGAUCUCGGCUCUCCGCUUCCUGGGCAGAGAGAGAGGGUACAGGUUUGUCUUUCUGACGACGGCGAUCACCAGCAGUGCUCGCCUCUUGGAAGCCAUGAGCGAGGUCAAGGCCUGACUGCUCCCCCUCCUCCGCUCCCCACCCUGGCCCUCAGAGAAGCUCCCCGGGCAACGGCGGGCAGGUCCGCCAACCGCUGUCUCAGGAGCUCGAGCCUCCCGGUCUUUCGGGGUCGAAGGGCAGCCCCAGAGAUGGGCGCCCUGCCCUGCCCCUGCUCCUCCUCCUCCUCCUCCUUCUCCUUUUUGGGGGCCGUGGGGAUGGGUGACGGUUGGGAGGCCCGCCCCGUGUAAAUCCCCCUUUGCUAAUAAAGACGCUACUCUUCCGGA